CCGAUUCCCGACAGUGGACCGCCAGUGGCGCCUGCUCUGUGCCACGUCACCUGCUUCUGCAGAACAUGCUACAGGCUCAUCUUCCGUUUCACGAGGGCAGGGCAAGCCUGGGAAGGCGCCUCCCCCGGUGACGUACCGGCCGAUUCCUCUGGAUGACGAGAUCAGCAUUGCGUUUGCACAACACAUGCAGCGCCUCGUAUCCUCUCCAGCCAUUCGCAGCGCGACAUCUGUCAUCGGCACAGAUGAGUGGCUGGACGACCCCAUCAUACGCCACGUCAUCGGGCUGCGCCUCGUCAGCACCACUCCUAUGCUCCCCGCCUCCCACUCGCGCACUCACACCAGCACCACCCAGGCUAAAGAAUCGUUGAAGCCUCGGGGAAAAGGGGGCGUAGAGGGAGGGAAGGGUGGAAGAGGGGAAGAGGGAAAAGGGGGAGCAGCAGCAGCAGCAGGAGCACGUGCAGUAGAAGCGGAUGAAGGGUCGCGAGGAGAUGCUUUGGCUCGGAAGGCAGGGGGGAAUGGCGGCAGCCCAACCGAGACAGGAACAUGUGCAGCAGCAGCAACUUCAGAAGCAGAUCCAACAGAAUCUCGACUCGCUAAAGACACACCUGAAGAAACACCUGGAAAAACAUCUGAACAAACUCCAGAGACAGUAACAGACCAGCCAGCACCCCCCGCCUCCCCCUCCACCCCCUCUUCCCCUCCCCCUCCCCCCCCACCUCCCUCCGCACCCACACUCCUCUGGCCAAUCAUAGUGCACCCCCAUUCCAAGGCCUCCAAUGUGCACGUUCUCGUGCUCCCAUUGGUGGCGCCCUGCCAUGUGGCAGCCUAUGAGAGGCUGUGCUGGCAGCGCAACUGCGGGGGAGGGGCGGGGUUGGCGCAUGGGGGAGGGGGAGGGGGAGAAAGAGGGGGGACAGCAGAGGGAGGGAUGGUUGGUUCUGGGGGCGGUGGUACUGGUGCAAGUGGUGCCAGUGCAUUCACGCUGUCUGCUCUGCUUGCUGACCUACCUGCUGUGACAGCACCAUCGAGUCCCUCCUCUCUACUGAUUCUACCGCCACCCCUACCGUGCCUUCCUCCUCUGCUCUCAACGCGUCUUCUCACCCUUGCUGCCUCCCCCUUCACUCCCGCUCUCCCUUCCCUCAGGGCCAUCUCGCUUGCUCAGUGCAUCGAGUCCCUCAUCUCAACAGACUCAUCUGCCACUCCCACCGUGCCCCCUCGCACCUCCCCCCUCCUCUCCGCCCCCUCCGCCCCCUCCCCCACCCUCCCCUCUAUCUCCCUCACUGGAGGGGGAGGAGGCGGAGGAGGAGGAGGGAUGGGAGGGGUGGGUGUUGGUGUGAAGGCUGGUGCUUUAGGCACCAGCACCAUUGGCAGCAGUACUAGCACUGCCGCUGCUGCUGCUGCCGCUGCUGCCGCUGCUUCUGGAGGGGAAAUGGGGAGUGGAGGAGCGGGAGGAGGAAAGGGAGGGGCAGCAGCAGGAGGGAGCGGCUUAGGGUUUGGGUUGCUGGGGGCGAUAGGGGCCAGUAUGGGAAUGUCCCGAGCCAAGACCGCCCAAACCAGCCAGCUUGGUUCGGCGCCAGGCAUGGCCGGAGGUUCGGGAGGAGGGGAUGUGGGGAGGCAGGGUGGUGGGGGAGGAGGUGGGGUGAUGGUGCAGCAGCUGAAAGCGGCUGAGUUGGAGGGAAUCAGGCUUCUCAUCUCAACGUACCUCCCCUUUGGUCGACCCAUCGACUUCCCCACCCCUGCCACCAUCACCACCCUCCGCACCCAACCUGCGGCCUACUCCCAGGACCUCUCACCCUACCUGCAACCGCCUUCCCCCCCCUCCGCCUCUCUCCUUUCGAGCAAAACCACCAACCAACCACACCCGAAGCAGCAGCAGCAGCAGCAGCAGGCAGGAAGAGCAGAUGGAGCAGAGGCGGCACUUAAAGGCCUCGGCGGAACUUUAGGCGUGUCAGUAGACUCUCUAAGAGACACUUUUAGGCAGCCGGUGGGGAAACCAGUGCUUUACACCGGAAAACAGAGGGUAUCCGUAGCAGUUGUAGAAGAAGUGAGUGUAGCUCUGUAUGACAGGGAGGGGGAGGUGGCAGAUGUGGUGAGUGUAACCGGUAGGGUUACCACACGGUGGGAGGUGGAGGGUCUGCCAGAUGUCACGCUCUCAUUGGAUGUGCCAGAAGACGCGUGUGUGGAGUCCCUUGUUGUGCAUCCAUGCGCUCAGGUGAUGCCUUUUGCUGGUUCUCACGUCAGUCUCAUUCAGCCCGCCUCUGGGGGCAUUCGACCUGGUCAACUACCACUGCUGCCUGCCCACCACCCCGGAGCAAUUGCAACAGAAACUGCAACAGCAACAACAGCAGCAGCAGCAGCAGCAGCAGCAGCAGCAGCAGCAGCAGCAGCAGCAGCAGCAGCAGCAGCAGCAGCAGCAGCAGCAGCAGCAGCAGCAGCAGCAGCAGCAGCAGCAGCAGCAGCAGCAGCAGCAGCAGCAGCAGCAGCAGCAGCAGCAGCAGCAGCAGCAGCAGCAGCAGCAGCAGCAGCAGCAGCAGCAGCAGCAGCAGCAGCAGCAGCAGCAGCAGCAGCAGCAGCAGCAGCAGCAGCAAGCACAGAUGCAGCAGCAACGGGUUCCUCCCUCCCCCACCACCCCCUCCGCCCCUCCCUCCACCCCCUCCUUCCUCUCCUCGUCCUUCUUCUCCCCCAAACCCCCAACUGCCCCCACCUCUCUCGCCCGCCUUCUAGCCUCCAUGCGAACCCCUCCCGUCAUCGGCUUUUACCAGAACCAAUUCGUUUCUCCCACCGAGUCCCAGUUCUUACUUAA